AACAGAUUGGAAGGGAAAGUGGCGAUCGUAACCGGCGGAGCCAGAGGGAUAGGAGAAGCCACGGUGAGACUGUUCGCCAGCCACGGAGCCAAAGUGGUCAUCGCCGACGUCCUCGACUCCGUCGGCAACGCCUUGGCACGUUCCCUUUCUACCGCGGUCAUCUACGUCCACUGCGACGUCGGGUCGGAGAGCGACGUGGAAAACCUGAUGGCCGCCGCAGUGUCCGAGUUCGGCCGCCUCGACAUCAUGGUGAACAAUGCCGGGAUCCUGGGCAGCCAGUCAGAGGGCCGGAAGUCCAUCACGGACUUGGACGCCGACGAGUUCGACUCCGUGAUGCGGGUGAACGUGAGGGGGACGGCGCUGGGAAUGAAGCACGCGGCGCGGUGGAUGGUGGGCGGCGGCGGCGGCGGCGGAGGGUGCAUCAUCUCGACCGCCAGCGUGGCGGGGGUGAUGGGCGGGAUGGGGCCCCACGCGUACACGGCGUCGAAGCACGCGGUGGUGGGGCUGACGAAGAGCGCGGCGUGCGAGCUGGGGAGGCAUGGGAUCAGGGUCAACUGUAUUUCGCCGUUUGGGGUGGCGACUUCCAUGCUCGUGGAUGCGUGGAGGUCGAGGGACGGUGGUGAUUGUGGGGACGGGGUUGUGAGGGCGACGACGGAGGAGGAAGUGGAGGAGAUGGAGGAGUUGGUGCGCGGGCUGGCGAGCUUGAAAGGUGGUGCGACGUUGAGAGCCAAGGAUGUGGCGGAGGCGGCAUUGUAUCUGGCGAGUGAUGAGUCCAAGUAUGUGAGUGGGCACAACUUGGUGGUGGAUGGAGGGUUCACAACCUGCAACAACUGUGUGGGUUUGUGA